GCAUCCCAGCCUGGGCGGGACGCUCGGCAGCGGCGAGGCGGGCAAGCCCGGCAGGGCAGAGGGAGCCCCGGCUCCGGGGUUGCUCUUCGCACCCGAGGAUCAGUCUUGGCCCCAAAGCGCGACGCACAAAUCCACAUAACCUGAGGACAAUGGAUGCUGAUGAGGGUCAAGACAUGUCCCAAGUUUCAGGGAAGGAAAGCCCCCCUGUAAGCGAUACUCCAGAUGAGGGCGAUGAGCCCAUGCCAAUCCCCGAGGACCUCUCCACCACCUCGGGAGGACAGCAAAGCUCCAAGAGUGACAGAGUCGUGGCCAGUAAUGUUAAAGUAGAGACUCAGAGUGAUGAAGAGAAUGGGCGUGCCUGUGAAAUGAAUGGGGAAGAAUGUGCGGAGGAUUUACGAAUGCUUGAUGCCUCAGGAGAGAAAAUGAAUGGCUCCCACAGGGACCAAGGCAGCUCGGCUUUGUCAGGAGUUGGAGGCAUUCGACUUCCAAACGGAAAACUAAAGUGUGAUAUCUGUGGGAUCAUUUGCAUCGGGCCCAAUGUGCUCAUGGUUCACAAAAGAAGCCACACUGGAGAACGGCCCUUCCAGUGCAAUCAGUGCGGGGCCUCCUUCACCCAGAAGGGCAACCUGCUCCGGCACAUCAAGCUGCAUUCCGGGGAGAAGCCCUUCAAAUGCCACCUCUGCAACUAUGCCUGCCGCCGGAGGGACGCCCUCACUGGCCACCUGAGGACGCACUCCGUUGGUAAACCUCACAAAUGUGGAUAUUGUGGCCGAAGCUAUAAACAGCGAAGCUCUUUAGAGGAACAUAAAGAGCGCUGCCACAACUACUUGGAAAGCAUGGGCCUUCCGGGCACACUGUACCCAGUCAUUAAAGAAGAAACUAAUCACAGUGAAAUGGCAGAAGACCUGUGCAAGAUAGGAUCAGAGAGAUCUCUCGUGCUGGACAGACUAGCAAGUAACGUCGCCAAACGUAAGAGCUCUAUGCCUCAGAAAUUUCUUGGGGACAAGGGCCUGUCCGACACGCCCUACGACAGCAGCGCCAGCUACGAGAAGGAGAACGAAAUGAUGAAGUCCCACGUGAUGGACCAAGCCAUCAACAACGCCAUCAACUACCUGGGGGCCGAGUCCCUGCGCCCGCUGGUGCAGACGCCCCCGGGCGGCUCCGAAGUGGUCCCGGUCAUCAGCCCGAUGUACCAGCUGCACAAGCCGCUCGCGGAGGGCACCCCGCGCUCCAACCAUUCGGCCCAGGACAGCGCCGUGGAGAACCUGCUGCUGCUCUCCAAGGCCAAGUUGGUGCCCUCGGAGCGCGAGGCGUCCCCGAGCAACAGCUGCCAAGACUCCACGGACACCGAGAGCAACAACGAGGAGCAGCGCAGCGGCCUCAUCUACCUGACCAACCACAUCGCCCCGCACGCUCGCAACGGGCUGUCGCUCAAGGAGGAGCACCGCGCCUACGACCUGCUGCGCGCCGCCUCCGAGAACUCGCAGGACGCGCUCCGCGUGGUCAGCACCAGCGGGGAGCAGAUGAAGGUGUACAAGUGCGAACACUGCCGGGUGCUCUUCCUGGAUCACGUCAUGUACACCAUCCACAUGGGCUGCCACGGCUUCCGUGAUCCUUUUGAGUGCAACAUGUGCGGCUACCACAGCCAGGACCGGUACGAGUUCUCGUCGCACAUAACGCGAGGGGAGCACCGCUUCCACAUGAGCUAAAGCCCUCCCGCGCCCCAUCCCCCCGACCCCGAGCCACCCCAGGAAAAGCACAAGGACCGCCGCCUUCUCGCUCCCGCCAGCAGCAUAGACUGGACUGGACCAGAUAAUGUUGUGUUUGGAUUUGUAACUGUUUUUUGUUUUUUGUUUGAAUUGGUUGAUUGGGGUUUGAUUUGCUUUUGAACAGAUUUUUAUUUUUAGAGGCAGGGCUGCAUUGGGAGCAUCCAGAACUGCUACCUUCCUAGAUGUUUCCCCAGACUGCUGGCUGAGAUUCCCUCACCUGUUGCUUCCUAGAAUCCCCUUCUCCAAACGAUUAGUCUAAAUUUUCGGAGAGAAAUAGAUAAAACACGCCACAGCCUGGGAAGGAGCGUGCUCCACCCUGUGCUAAGCACGGGGUUCGCGCACCAGGUGUCUUUUUCCAGUCCCCAGAAGCAGAGAGCACAGCUCCUGCUGUGUGGCUCUGCAGGUGAGCAGACAGGACAGGUGUGCCACCACCCAAGUGCCAAGACACGGGAGGGCCAACAACCUGUGCCCAGGCCAGCUUCGGGCCACAUGCAUCUAGGGUGGAGAGGCUGCUCUUUUGAGAGAAAAUACUAUUUUAAGUCAUCCUCUGCGUAGGAAAAUGAAUUGUUUGGGGAAAGUCGUAUCUGUCAGACUGCCCUGGAUGGAGGGAGACGCCGGGCUAGAGCCUUUUGGAUCCUCCUGGAUUCGCUGGCUUUGCGGAGGCUGCUCAGAUGGCCUGAGCCUCCCGAGGCUUGCUGCCCCGUAGGAGGAGCCUGUCUUCCCGUGGGCAUAUCUGGGGAGCCCUGUUCCCCCCUUUUUCACUCCCAUGCCUUUACUGGCCCCCAAAGUCUGUCACUACAAUUUAAACACCAGUCCCGAAAUUUGGAUCUUAAUUCUUUUUGAAUCUCUCAAACGGCAACAUUCCUCAGAAACCAAAGCUUUAUUUCAAAUCUCCUCCUUCCCUGGCUGGUUCCAUCUAAUACCAGAAGCCUCUUUUCCUGAAGAAAUCCAAUCCUAGCCCUCGUUUUAAUUAUGUACAUCUGUUUGUAGCCACAAGCCUGAAUUUCUCAGUGUUGGUAAGUUUGUUUACCUACCCUCACUGUAUAUUAUUCUCAUUUUAAAACCCACAAAGGAGUGAUUUAGAACAGUCAUUAAUUUUCAGCUCAAUGAAAUAUGUGAAGCCCAGUAUCUCUGUUGCUAACACACAGAACUCACCUGUUUGAAAAUAAGCUUUCAAACAUGUUGAAGCUCUUUACUGUAAAGGCAAGCCAGCAUGUGUGUCCACACAUACAUAGGAUGGCUGGCUCUGCACCUGUAGGAUAUUGGAAUGCACAGGGCAAUUGAAGGACUGAGCCAGACCUUCGGAGAGUAAUGCCACCAGAUUCCCCAGGAAAGAGGAGGCAGGUAGCACUGCAGGUGAGAACUCUGCCCAUCCAUGCUAUGACAUGGAGGCACUGAAGCCGGAGGAAGGUGUGUGGAGAUUCUAAUCCCAACCAGCAAGGGUCUCCUUCAAGAUUAAUGCUAUCAUUAAGGUCAUUACUCUCAACCACCUAGGCAAUGAAGAAUAUACCAUUUCAAAUAUUUACAGUACUUGUCUUCACCAACACUGUCCCAAGAUGAAAUGAAGCAACAGAGAGGAAAUUGUACAUAAGCACCUCAGCAUUUAAUCCAAACAGGGGUUCUUAGUCUCAGCACUAUGACAUUUUGGGCCGAAUACUUAUUUGUUAGGCGGGAGCUCUCCUGUGCAUUGUAGGAUAAUUAGCAGCAUCCCUGGUCGCUACCCAACAGACGCCAGUAGCACCCCAAAUUGACAACCCAAACUCUCCAGACAUCACCAACUGUUCCCUGUGAGGAGAAAUCACUCCUGGUGGAGAACCACUGACCCAAAUGAAUUCUAAACCAAUCAAAGGCCUGGGAAGCCCUCCAAGAAAAAAAAUAGAAAAGCACUUGAAGAAUAUUCCCAAUAUUCCCAGUCAGCAGUAUCAAGGCUGACUUGUGUUCCUGUGGAGUCAUUAUAAAUUCUAUAAGUGAAUUAUUCCCCUUUGGUCUUCAAAAAUUUAUUUCCUCAUAAACAUUUGAGUUUUGUUGAAAGGAUGGAGUUUACAAAGAUACCAUUCUUGAGUCAUGGAUUUCUCUGUUUACGGAAGGGUGUGGCAUUUGGAAACUGGAAUGAACAAAAUUGCCGCACCAAUGCACUGAGUGAAGGAAGAGAGAGAGGAGCAAGGGCUUUAGACAGCACUCCUUCAAUGCAAUCACAGAGAAAGAUGCGCCUUAUCUAAGUUAAUAUCUCUAAGGUGAGAGCCUUCUUAGCGUCAGUUUGUUGCAAAUUUCACCUACUCUGUUCUUUUCUAUCCAUCCCCCUGAGUCAGUUGGUUGAAGGGAGUUAUUUUUCCAAGUGGAAUUCAAACAAAGCUCAAACCAGAACUGUAAAUAGUGGUUGCAGGAAUUCUUUUCUAAACUGCUUUGCCCUUUCCUCUCACUGCGUUUUAUAGCCAAUAUAAAUGUCUCUUUGCUCACCUUUUGUUGUGGUUUUAUAUUGUAACACCAUUUUUCUUUGAAACUAUUGUAUUUAAAGUAAGGUUUCAUAUUAUGUCAGCAAGUAAUUAACUUAUGUUUAAAAGGUGGCCAUAUCAUGUACCAAAAGUUGCUGAAGUUUCUCUUCUAGCUGGUAAAGUAGGAGUUUGCAUGACUUCACACUUUUUGUUGCGUAGUUUGUUCCGUUGUAUGAUGGCGUGAGUGUAUGUCUUGGGUACCGCUGUGUACUACUGUGUGCCUAGAUUCCAUGCACUCUCGUUGUGUUUGAAGUAAAUAUUGGAGACGGGAGGGUAACCCGUAACAGGUUGGCCUGUUGAUUACAGCUAGUAAUCGCUGUUUCUUGUUCCUCCCCCUCCCUGACACCCCAGCUUCCCAGGAUGUGGAAAGCCUGGAUCUCAGCUCCUUGCCCCAUAUUCCUUCUGUAAUUUGUACCUAAAGAGUGUGAUUAUCCUAAUUCAAGAGUCACUAGAAAUCAUCACAUUAUCACUGCAUAUCAGCAAAGGGUAAAGUCCCAGCACCAAUUGCUUCACAUACCAGCAUGUUCCAUUUCCAAUUUAGAAUUAGCCACAUAAUAAAAUCUCAGAAUCUUCCUUGAAAAAGAGCUGCCUGAGAUGUAGGUUUGUUAUAUGGUUCCCCCCCACCAUUUUUGUGCUUUUUUCUUGUUUUGUUUUGUUUUGUUUUGACUGCACUGUGAGUUUUGUAGUGUCCUCUUCUUGCCAAAACAAACGCGAGAUGAACUGGACUUACGUAGACAAAUCAUGACGCCAGUGUAUCCUUCCUUUCUUCAGUUCCAGCAAUAAUGAAUGGUCAACUCUUUUAAAAUCUAGAUCUCUCUCAUUCAUUUCCAUGUAUUUUUACUUUAAGAUGAACCAAAAUUAUUAGACUUAUUUAAGAUGUACAGGCAUCAGAAAGAAGAAGCACAUAAUGCUUUUGGUGCGAUGGCACUCACUGUGAACAUGUGUAACCACAUAUUAAUAUGCAAUAUUGUUUCCAAUACUUUCUAAUACAGUUUUUUAUAAUGUUGUGUGUGGUGGUUGUUGAGGUCGAAUCUGUUGUAUCCAGUACAGCUUUAGGUCUUCAGCUGCCCUUCUGGCGAGUACAUGCACAGGAUUGUAAAUGAGAAAUGCAGUCAUAUUUCCAGUCUGCCUCUCUGAUGAUGUUAAAUUAUUGCUGUUUAUCUGUGAACAAGGGAUGUACCACUGGAGGAAUAGAGUAUCCUUUUGUACACAUUUUGAAAUGCUUCUUCUGUAGCGAUAGAACAAAUAAAUGCAACGAAUACUCUGUCUGCCCUA